AGGACCGGAAACCGUCCGCAUCGGAACCGGUGGAAGUUCUUCCCGCACGAUGGAGAGACUCGCCUACAACUCCCUCGUCUCACUAUCACACCCGUGGAUCUCCGUCCCCCUGUCGUUGGGCCGGUGGUGGUGAUUUUCGCCGGCCGUUUUCCGGCGUAUAGAAUUAGGCCCAGAUCUGAGAGGAUAAGUUUUUUCACCGGUCAUGGUAGAUCAGUUGGUGGCUGGCACACUACAUCGGUUGAAUCAGGGUUACCGGUAUCUGUGGAAUCCGGUAACCCGAAAGAUCCAAAAAGAGGAAACUCUAGGGAGGCAAGUGCGUCGCCGAACGGUAAUUCUCAUCCCCAAACAGACUUUGUAAACCCUUGUGAUCAACUUCAGUUGAAUGACCAACAUGGUAAGAGCAGUGGUGAUGGAGUCGGUACGGCAGGCGACCAGAGGCUUGAGAAAGCAGUUUCGUUGGGAUCUUCACUUGAUUGGAAACCGCUUAAGUGGAUACGUUCUGGGAGCUUGACUUCAAGAGGUUCUGGUUUUAGUCAUUUAAGUAGUUGUAAGGUUAUUGGGGUGGACCCGCUUGAUACCAAGAUGGAGGUUCAACCGGGUGCUGUCACUCUUCUUCAGUCGCCUUCUGGGGAUGCUUCCACUUGUGCGACACCUAAUACUCCAGACGAAGCUAACUCGCGCAAAAAACCCCGUCUUGGAUGGGGCGAGGGCCUGGCUAAGUAUGAGAAGAAGAAGGUUGACCCUGAUGAUAUCGUUGAUAAAGAGAAUGGAUCUAGAAAUGAAAUGGUUAAUGGUGUCAGCAGCUCAGAAUCUUUGCUUCCUACAUCUUCUAGUUUUCCUGGUAAAAGCCCGAGCCUUACUGGUAACUCAGAAAGUGCAUCUCCUGUCACGUCUUGCUCGUUUGCUUGCAGUUUGUCUCCGGGUCUAGAAGAGAAGACAGAGAAGGCAUCUAUUGUGGAAACUACAGUGGAUAAUGAUACUUGUAAUCCCGGUGUUGCUUUGUCUCAGAAUCUCACACAUGGAUUAACAUUCAAUCUGGAAAAUUUCGAUCUUGCUGAAGACUUUAACUUGAGCUCUUCACUCGAUCAACUCCUGCAGACCGAUGCCAUAACUCCAGGGUCCGGUUUUGCUAUGGAGAAGUUGCAGGUAUGGAAAGCAGAUAUUUCAAGAACAAUUGAAAUCGCAGAAUCUGAAAUUGAUUCCCUUGAGCAUGAAUUGAAGUCGUUGAUAUCUGAUGAAGGUUCAUGUUUUGUUCCGGUUAUAAAACGGUGCAACAAUAGUAAUACUGUGGAUUUAAGAAACAAAUCUUCAGUAGAUAUUCCGAAAGCUGAACACUUUAAAGAUCACAAUUGCAGGGAUGGUAGUCAGGUCUCAACAGGCAGUAUUUGUACAGUUUCGGUUGGUAGUGCUGUAUAUUUAGGUAGAGAUGGUAAGUUAUAUGAUUCGAUAUUGGCCACAAACAAAGUUAUAGCAAGUAGAACAUCCGAUGAGCUUAGUAAGUUAUUACCAAAAACAAAUUCGUGUACUGAUAUAGUGAGAUCUACGUCUACCGAUGAUUCACUGAUUAAGAAAAGAAUCUCUAUGAGGAAGCGUUUCUUAAAGUUCAAAGAACGGGCCAUCACUCUUAAGUUUAAAGCAUUUCAGUAUUCCUGGAAGGAAUCUCUCCGCUUGCUCUCCGUAAGAUCCGGUGCAAAGUCGCAGAAGAAGUUUGAAUCGAGCUCUCGCUUGGGAUAUAUCGAUUCUCAAAAGCACCGUAUAUCUAACCAUUCUCGUUCGUCUACUCCUGGUGGAUGUUUGCGUCUGGUUCCAACGAAAGAGGUAGUUGAGUAUGUGAACAAGCUGCUUUUAGAUUCACGUGUCAAGACCUACAGGAACGUACAGAAGAUGCCGACGUUUAUAUUAAACAAGAGGGAACGAAUGGGCUCUAGGUUUAUUUCGGACAAUGGAUUAGUGGAGGACCCUAUUGAUGUUGAAAAGCAAAGGGCCGUUGUCAAUCUAUGGACCGAAGAAGAUAAACAAAUGUUCUUAGAUAAUUAUGCUUUGUUUGGCAAAAACUUCAAAAAGAUUGCUUCUUUUUUUCAACACAAAACAGUUGCUGACUGUGUUGAGUUCUAUUACAAGAAUCACAAGUCUGAGAGUUUCCAAAAAACAAAGAAGAAUUCAAAAUUUGCGAAAGGGAAGUCGUGUGAUAUUAAUACUAACAGUACGUAUUUGGUGACUCAUGGGAAAAGACCAAAUCGGGAAACGGGGGCCACUUCUCUCGACAUGCUCGGUGCUGCUUCAGCAAUGGUUGCUAAUGUGAAUGAACGGUCGAAUGAUUUUACUAUCUAUUGUAACGAGCAGGAAACCGUUGCAGCCGAUGUGUUGGCUGGGAUUUGCGGGUCGAUAUCAUCAGAAGCUUUGGGUUCUUGCAUUACCAGUUCAGUUGACCACCCGAAAUUGGGUCGUUCUUCGCUAAACGAUGUUGAUGAGGAGACUUGUUCGGAUGACAGUUGUGGGGAAGAUACGAAUAUGAAUUCUUCUAUUUGGACAGACGAAGAGAGGUCUAGUUUCAUAAAAGCAGUGAAAUCUUACGGUAAGGAUUUUUCAAUGAUCUCACGAUGCCUGGGAACAAGAUCAAGUGACCAGUGCAAAGCGUUUUUUAGCAAGGUUAAGAAACGUUUUGGGUUGGAUGCGAUGAAUCGCGGGGUUGGCGGUGAAGGUACAACAGGACCCGAUCUAGGUGGUGGUGAUCAAGAUGAUACUUUGAUGGUGGACAGUGGGUCCGGUAUCUCUAAUGAUAAGUCGUCAAUGGAAUGUAAGAUGGAUGCUGAAGACCUGCACUCGUCUGAUCUCAGAGAAGAACAUGCUGAAUCUGACCGAAAUGCAGCCCCUGGCUGCACGGAAUCCGAGCUUGUGAUCGAGGAUAAGGUUGAAGGUAAUUUGGAAGGAGCCGCUGACAGCGAAGCUGCCAACUUGGAGGAAUCCGUACAAAAUACGUGUUCCGAUUCCGCAUCAGGUGCCAAGGUUGAAGAACAUGAAACAGUUGCCAAGACUUGUCCAUCUGAGGACCUCAAUUCUGUUUCGUUUUACUCGAGAGGUAGUAGUUUGAAUUUAACGAUUGAUCACGGAAGCACGUUGGACUUAAACACAGCUUCAGAAAACGUCACUUGUCAGGAAACAGGUAACGGCUUUGUCAUGUCAAACCUGUUUCCGCAAGAUCCUAUUCCGCAGAGGAAGACUGUUAGCUGCCAGGAUGACGUAUCAUCUAGACUCACUUUCCGGAGAAGUGGUCAAAGAUCUUCGAGUAUAGACGGUUAUCAAUUGAAUCUUCACAAACGCUCUCUAAGUUCUAACGAACCACAAAGCAACCUCAAGUUGGACGAGAGUCUUUUACUGCCGAUAGAUGGCUGUAUACAAAUGGGCACUGAUUUGACACCUGUGUCUCAACAACAGAGACGAAGUUCGUCUUUAGAAAUUGAAAAGACGAAUAAAAGUGGUGAUGUGAAACUGUUCGGUCAGAUUAUUACUAAUCACUCGUUGCCGAAGUCAAACGGUAGUGCGCAAGAGAACAAAAAACCAGAUGCUGGAAAGUCGUAUAACUUGAAAUUUGAUCAGAGUAAUACCAAAGAGUAUUCAAACGAUCUUCAGUUGAAAAGAAAUUAUGGGUUUUGGGAGGGGAACAGAAUACAAACAGGGUACUCUUCUUUGCCGGGCUCCGCUAUGUUGCUGGCGAAAUAUCCUGCUGCGUUUAGUAACGUUUCUACGUUACCCAAGUUAGAUCAGCAUCAGCAUAAUCGAGGUCCCGGUUACCAUGCGUACAGUCAGCCUUUUACAGUAGAUAAGUUGUUACCUGAGAUGCCAAGAAGGAAAGAGUUUGAAGCUUUAUCUACCAGUGUAGGGGGGAUGAACGUGGUCGGUGGGGCUUGUAAUGGAGUUUCGGAUCCGGUUGCAGCCAUUAGAAUGCACUAUGCGAAAACCGAACAGUACAAGAACGGUGGAGCGGAGUCAUGGAGAAGCAAUGUUAGUGAUAUCGGAAGCAGAUGAGAUAGACGACGACUUGAAUGAUGGUAACUUUGACCUUUUCUUUUUAUCACCUCUGUGUAAUAUAUGUUAUUUGUAAGGAGUUGAGCAGCAGUAGGACAUGAUGGCUCUCGUAUACUAUCGCCGUCUGUUUUGGUUAAGGUUAAUUUAGGUUGUUUUGUAAUAUUUGGAGUUUUUUUUUCUUCUUUCUUUUUUUGUUGUUUUUGUCAAAUGCACAAAAUAAUUAUGUUAAGUUAGGAAGCCAGGCCAGAUGUUUAUUUUUGUUUAUCUUUCUUUCUAAAUCAAUAGCUUAAAGCAUUGUAUUUGAUUAAUGAUUGUUGUGAUUUGAGCAAUGAAAGUGAUGGUUGUUUGA